CCCAACCACCAACAUCUACAGGCUUCAAUAUUUAGGUAUCCUUCUUUCCUGUUGGAUCACGGUAUCUUGAAUCGCUCGGAAAAGAUCAAUCAGACCUGAGACUACUAUGCGCUCGCGACAAGGGCUUGUAGGGUUUUGGUCGAAUCCAUGAAUAUUCUAUUCAAUUAAUAGGUAAAUAAGUGCCUCCAUGGCCCUUCUUCUCUUAUAUCGAAGAGGGACCAUAGAGCCUCUGGAGCUAUUCAGCACCAGGAAAUCCAAUGAGCGCUAUUGUCGCAUUAGGUUCUAAUCAUCUAGCAUUCUCAUGUUGGUCCUUUCUGCAUACAUAGCACGUUGAUGUGCCCUUCUGAUCAAUAGCCUUCCAAUAACACUGAAUACUUCUAUCCAACUAACACCAACAGUUUCUUGGCACCUAUCCUCGUUUGAUCACUACCUAUUAAACUUUCAAGAGUUGGGCAAUUUCUAGUUAUCCUACUAAGUAUAUCACCAUCUCAGCAGAACAAUGUACGAUUCAACGCUCUAUCCAAAAUAUUCCUUGGACGCUUCAAUCGCGGAAUUCUUCUUACAGACGUCUGCAACCCGUGAAGAAUGUGAUGUUAAGGCCAGAGAGCUUGUCGGAGGGGAAGUUGUCCCUAUUCCCGUGCAAGGCAUCUGCAGCUACUCGGUUUACGCUGGACCUACAAGCGAAUUCGUUGUCCAGUUCCGCCUCAAGUCUUUGAUGCUAAAAAUGGAGACUGUUGCUCUGGCGCGAGAAAUAUACGGCUCCCUAGUCCCGGAUACUUCUUUCCACGGAUACCUAGGGGAGGGUGGCAAAGAAACCCUUGCCGUCUAUGUUAUGAAUCGUAUACGGGAUAUGAGCUAUCUAGACUUCAUUCUUGAAAAUGGCUCCGCCCCCGAAAAUUCGGAAGAGAACUUCGUUUGGCGAAAAACGCUGAUGUCGGACGUAGCGCGGUUUUUCGCCAUCUCCUGGAAAGCCCCCCAACACGUCGAUUUGGAGUGCCGCGAGAAUUUACGCCAAAGAUACACCAAUGAUCUAGAUCUGUUACUCCACCAUCUGCCACCUCGCUUUCACCAGAUCAUACAAAAGUGCCUUGACUCAAUGGAGGCAAUUGUCUCUCUGCCAAUGGUUCUGGUCCACCAUUCUUUCAAUAGCGAUGACAUCAUAAUCGACCGAACAUCUUGUCGCCUAGUUGGUGUUGUUGACUGGGCAGAAGCUGAGAUAUGCCCAUUCGGCCAGAAUCUUAAAUGCAUACAAGGUCUCACGGGGGCACUUCAUCUCAAAAAUGGAUGGAGGCGAUACGAAGAUUACGAGUCUUUGCAGGACACCUUUUGGAGCAUAUUUCAAGAGGAAGUUGGAGGUUUAUCCGCAGAAACCAUGGAGACUAUUAAGACAGCCAGGAUCAUGGGCUUACUCCGGACUCGUGGCUUUACGGCGCGACUUGCAAACAUGCCGCCGGCCACUCCGAUCGGUGACGAUGAGAGGGGUCGUUACAACAUGCUAUCACUGGAUGGAUUCCUUAUCAAUCCGGCUACAAGGUUUGAAGACCUUAAUUGACGGAGGUUACAUCGGAGAUUAGAACAGAAGUGGAAGGUAUCGUUAGGAAGUUGAUGAUAGAAGU